AAAAAGCAAAAGACAUGGGCACAAAAGAAACCCACCUCCAACUCUACCCACUAAAUAAGAAACAAAACUAAAUCUACACUAAAUAGACACCGAUGGUCGGAACACCAUUAGCGUCGGCAACCUCAAACUCCGGUGGCCUCCCAAUAACAAUAAUCUUUCAACAGCAAAGCUCCUGAGCUUGAGUGACAUCCACAAAAGGCGUUUACAAGUCUCACAAACGCCAUGAAUUCAAUCUCUUUGAAGACUUCUUCAGCUCACAACUCGCGUCUUUGGUUUUGUCGUCAAGAUUGAGCUCCUAAGAGCUAAUACCACUACAUGAACACUAAGAUCUAGCAGGUGGCAGACAAUACUUGUGUGAGGUCCUUCUAUGCUUUGCCAAGUGGAUUUUGGAUCCCACUUGCAAGAAAAAUGGCCUAAAGGGAGUACCUGAUCCUACACUAAUGAAAGCUGAAUUGCCAUUCCCAGCAGCUCGAAAAAGCAACUUUUCUGACAAAGAUUGUGUCUUUAAGACUGUGAUGAGUAUACUUAACCAGACAACUCAGAAGAGAUUUGAUCUCCUCAAAGAUCAACUGAUAAUAUCCGGGAUAACUAGUGCAGACACUCUAAAGGGUGUUGUUUCCUUGAUAUUUGACAAGGCUAUACUGGAACCAACAUUUUCCUCAAUGUAUGCCCAACUCUGUUCUGAUCUCAAUGAAAAGCUGCCUUCAUUUCCUUCUGAUGAACCUGGUGGAAAAGUGAUCACGUUCAAGCGCGUUCUAUUAAAUAACUGUCAGGAGGUAUUUGAAAGUGCUCACAAACUGCGGGAAGAGGCGAGGCAAAUGACAGCCCCUGAGCAGGAGUCAGAACAUAAGGACAAAGAAUGGUUGAUCAAAUUGCGCUAUCUUGGGAAUAUUAGGCUUAUUUGUGAGCUUUUUAAGCAACAAAUUACCCCGGAAAAGAUUGUUCAUCACAUUGUUCAGGAGCUAUUAGGAAUAGAUCCCACAAAAUGUCCGGAAGAGGAGAAUGUUGAAGCCAUUUGUCAGGUCUUCAACAUCAUCUGCGAGCAGCUUGAUAAGAAUAAAGAAUCAAGGCGCGUCAACGAUAUCUACUUUUGUCGGUUGAAAGAGCUUUCAACAAGUCCUCAGUUGGGUCCACGGCUGAGGCUUAUGGUCUGUGAUGUGCUGGAUUUACGUCCAAGUAACUUGGUCCGUAGGCGGGAUGAGGGAGGACCUGCUUCUACAUUAAUCAAAACUGAGCUGCCAUUCUCAAUGGCUCGAAAAAGCAACUUUUCUGACAAAAAUCGUUUCUUUAAGACUGUGAUGAGUAUACUUAACCAGACAACUCAGAAGAGAUUUGAUCUCCUCAAAGAUCAACUGAUAAUAUCCAGGAUAACUAGUGCAGACAUUCUAACGGUUGUUGUUUCCUUGAUAUUUGACAAGGCUAUACUGGAACCAACAUUUUCCUCAAUGUAUGCCCAACUCUGUUCUGAUCUCAAUGAAAAGCUGCCUCCAUUUCCCUCUGAUGAACCUGGUGGCAAAGAGAUUACGUUCAAGCGCAUUCUGUUGAAUAACUGUCAGGAGGCAUUUGAAGGUGCUCACAAACUGCGAGAAGAGGCGAGGCAAAUGACAGCCCCUGAGCAGGAGUCAGAACGUAAGGACAAAGAAUGGUUGAUCAAAUUGCGCUAUCUUGGGAAUAUUAGACUUAUUUGUGAGCUUUUUAAGCAACAAAUUAUCCUGGAAAAUAUUGUUCAUCACAUUGUUCAGGAGCUAUUCGGACAAGAUCGCAAAAUUUGUCCAGAAGAGGAGAAUGUUGAAGCCAUUUGUCAGGUCUUCAACAUCAUCUGCGAGCAGCUUGAUAAGAACGAAAAAUCAAGGUGCAUCAACGAUGUGUACUUUAGUCGGCUGAAGGAGCUUUCAACAAAUCCUCAGUUGGGUCCACGGCUGAGGCUUAUGGUUUGUGAUGUUCUGGAUUUACGUCCAAGUAACUUGGUCCGUAGGAGGGAUGAGGUGAAGGCAAAAACGGAGAGAGUAGAAGCAUACGAAUAUGAGAAAUGUUUGCCUUUUCAUUUUUCCAGACUACUGGAGAUGUGUUGUGAUCUAAAUGAAAUGCUGCCUUCAUUUCUUUCUAAUGAACAUGGUGGUGAAUCGACUACGUUCAAAUGUGUUCUAUGGAAUAACUGUCAGGAGGCAAUUGAAGGUACUUACAAAUUACUUGGAGAAGAAAUGAGCAGGAUUCAGAACGUAUGGACAAGGAGAUCAAGUUUAUCAAAUCGCGUACUCUUGGCAAUAUACGGCUUAUUGGAGAGCUUUUUAAGCUAAAUAUGGUCCCCAAAUGGAUUAUUCUUUAUAUAUAAUGGUUUUGUUAACAGGAACUGUUGGGGGAAAAGCCUAAAUGUUGUCCGCCAGAAGAGAACGUUGAAGCCAUUUUUCAGUUAUUAAAAAGGUGGUUGAUGAGAGACAAGAUUCAAGGAACAUCAACAAUCUUUACUUUGGCUCUUUGAAGAGACUCUCAACAAAUCCUCAGUUAGCUCAACGUCUAAGGCUUAUGGUUUGUGAUCUGCUGGAUUUACGCGCCAAUAAUUGGAUCCCUAAGCCAAUUUUGAUCCUCUGAAAAUUGUUACAAGCUUGACGAGCUAAACCAAACUAGUCAUUUUGCUAACACAUCCAACGAACCCUCAGUUAGCUCCACGUCUAAGGUGUAUGGUUUGUGAUCAUGUACUGGUUUUACGUGCCAAUAACUGGUUCCCUAAGCCUAUUUUAGUUCUUUGAUCAUCUGAAAAUACUUGCUCUUAUACUUGUCUGUUGUGUUGUUUCAAAUGCAGUAUCAGUUCUGUCUAAUAAAAGUCUGAAUUCUUGAGAAGUUAAAUUAUUUUUGCUCU